AAUUUCUGAAAGUUUAGUAAUUAGAAUUAAAAAUAAAUAGGAAUAAUAAUCUAUUUUAAAUUAUUAGUCCAUUCCCCAAAAAAGUUUCAAGUAGCAAUUUUAAGAAAAGAUUCCUCAAAGACUUUUUGUAAAGGACUUAUAUAAACAACAUCUGAUUAACAUUUAGGCUUGUUUUGUUAUUGUAAAAUACACUCAAGAGGUGGGAGAUUGGAAGUAUGGAGAACGCGUAUUUGUAUAGUUGCAAUCCGCGACCCAAGUUUACAAAACAAAAUACCGAUCAGUCAGUUUCACCGUGGUAGUUGAAGUAGUCAAGUGUCUUUACAGAGAACGAAAUAACUCUUAGAAAGUUAAAAAAAUACCUCAAUAACAAUAAAUAGAAAAGACAAACUUAACAAUGGAGCGCAAAUUUAUUAAUGUCAUUCUACUUGGUUUCGGGUUUAUGUUUGUUUUUACUGCAUUUCAAACCAUGGGAAAUAUAGAGAAAACAAUAUUGGACAGUAUAUCGAAUGAUGACAGUUCGUUCACUGGUGACGGGUAUACUUCGCUGGCCAUCAUUUAUGCUACUCUCGCGAUAUGUAAUUGGAUGGCGCCUUCCAUCAUCACGCUGACUGGUCCCAGAGGCGCCAUGUUGAUUGGUGCGGUGACAUAUUUGUUCUUCAUUGUUACGUUCCUGUUUCCUCGGACGUGGCUGCUGUACGUUGCGAGCGUGUUAAUAGGUGCAGGCGCAGCUGCCAUAUGGACCGGUCAAGGCAAUUACCUCACAAUCAACAGCGAUGCUGAUACUAUAUCAAGGAACUCCGGUGUGUUCUGGGCAAUGUUGCAGUGCAGCAUGUUCUUUGGUAACCUAUUCGUAUUUAUCAAAUUCCAAGGCAAGACACAUAUAGACUUGGAAACCCGUAACGUUGUAUUUGGAGUUUUGACGGCAAUAUGUGCAGUUGGCAUUGUCUUUCUUAUGCUAUUACGGCCAGUUCGUCGCAUGCCCAAUUUCGAUGAUGUCAAGCCGAAUGCAGCUAACACAGAGCCAGAAGGUCCAUUGGAAGCUUUUAAGGGUGCUAUAAAAUUGUUCUGCACAAAAGACAUGAUCUUACUUAGUACUACAUUUAUUUAUACCGGGGUGGAGUUAUCGUUCUUCAGUGGAGUUUACAGUUCAAGUAUUGGCUUCACACUUUCUAUGGGCGAGAACGCGAAGCAGCUCGUUGGUCUUUCUGGAGUCUUUAUUGGCGUAGGAGAAGUGCUCGGUGGUGCUCUAUUCGGUAUCCUUGGCAACAAAACAACUAGAUGGGGUCGCGACCCUAUUGUAAUCAUGGGCUACCUGAUUCACUUAGUUAGCUUCUUCCUAAUCUUCAUCAAUUUACCAUCAGAAGCACCGUUUGGAGAUACCGAAGACAUUUCAUACAUUAAUCCUUCACCCUACUUGGCUAUGUGCUGUAGUUUCCUACUUGGCUUUGGAGAUGCUUGCUUCAACACACAGAUCUACUCGAUACUUGGUGGGAAUUAUGCGGAUAAGAGUACUUCGGCGUUUGCUUUGUUCAAAUUCACACAGUCAUUGGCAGCGGCUGCUUGCUUCUUUUAUUCAUCUCGUGCAUUGUUGUCAGUGCAACUGAGCAUAUUGGGUAUAUUAGCUACCUUAGGUACUGCAACGUUCUGUAAAGUAGAGUGGGCAGGCAAAGCACGUGCCCGCGCUGCUGCCCUGGAAGCUAUUAAUGAAAAAACAGCGCCGGUCACUCACGCAUUAGCAGACAAUGAUUUGCAUUAUGAUUAGAAAGUAGUCCAUAGCUACCAAAUCUAUUUAAUCUAAUAAAGAAAAUAUCAGACAUUGUAGAGAUCACGCCCACACAAUUGAGAACGAUUUGUAUUGUUAGAUUUUGUUGAAUAUGAAUACGUUAUUUAUGCCUGUAUAACUGUGCAAGAUAAAUGUCACUUUAAUAUCAGAAUACUGUAUUUGGAGUGAAUGAACUUAAACAAUCGUAAACAUUCCAUUGAUCCAUUUAUUUAAAUUAAGUAGAGUCAUUGUUAUUAUUUUUUAUUGAAGUAUGAUAAUAUUUUACAUAUUAAAUGUAAGUUUCAAACGAAAUCAAAGAUGAGUAUUAAAUAGAUAUAUUUUUUUAAAGAAAUCUUAAAUAUCUAAAUGAUUAUAGUAAAAAGAGGCUAAUUUGGCUUUGGCCUUUUAUUGUAGAAUAAUGUCUACAUUGAAUUCCAAGCAUGAAGUUAGUGAUAAAACACAUUUCUCAAAUCGAAUUUAAUUUUAGAUACCUGGACCUAACAAAAGACUUUGUCUCGCAAAAUAAAUGUUACAAAUAGUACAAGAAAUUAAUUAUAUUUAAUAUUAUUAGUCAAAGCCUCCCAUAUUUUUAGUCCAGUGCGCACCGGCUUCCCUUGUUUCUCCCAAUUUCGUAAAUAGAUUUUAUACAUAUAGUACUUACUACGUACUAAUAAAGUCUAAUAAAAUCAUACAAUCAAUAUAAAUGUAUAUUUUUAAUCUGGCGGAGAAUAAUAAUUUUAUUACGUCAAAUAUUAUUGAGCGGUCUUGAAUAUAUUGUUAUUUCAUUUUACAACUUCCGGCAGACUGGAAUUACUUUCUGUGUUGUUUAUUGUAUGAAAGCCAUGGAAAUGACUGUCCAGUAAUAUAAGGAAUAAAUUGUAUAUAUAAUUAAGAGCAUAAUUGUAUAUAAAAAUAUAUGAAUAUGAGAAAAUAAAUUGAGUCAAAUUACGAUUUGUAUACCAGUAAAUUAUUAUCAGCAGAUAUAAUUGAUUGAGGUGCUGUCAGAUCUAAUAAAUAUUUAACUAUAUAAUUAUAAUUAUAUAAACUAUUAACAUAUACAAUGUCUAAUGACUGUAAAACCGUAAAGUUUGGUCAAUCUAGUCACCAAUAAUACCAAUAAUGCAGCGCGUUUAUAUUUUAUAGCACAAAUUGUAGUUUCUAAAGUCUAUUAAUGAUAAAUGUAUAUUUUUUUUGUUUUAAUGCAUUUAUUGUUUUUACCAUAAAGUGAUAUUUUUACUUUAAAUUAUAUUGUUUUGGUUGACAAUUUUAAAGCUAGUUCCUAAGAUUUAAAUGUGGUAGAUACGAUUCAUAAAGGGCUUCCUAUUUUUAUCAAUUUUGUUUUAUACAUUAAAGUUACAUUUAGUCAAAUAAUUUUGUUGUAUAUC